AUGGUACGGCCCACCUGCCCGGCUCCACCCGGAAGUAGCCGCGGCGGCGGGGUGCGGGCGGUGCUGGCCUCUCCGCCGGAUGGUUGGCUACGCGCUGAGUCCUCCGCCCGUCGUCCCUCCCGAGUCGGCCGGGUCCAUGGGUCCUCCCGGCGACCGCGGGAGCCGCGCUCGGGGGCGCUCCGGGGGCCUCCGCGGCGGCGUCGCCGUGUUCGCCGCCGUGGCCGCGGUGUUCACCAUCACGCUGCCCCCGUCAGUGCCGGGGGGAGACUCGGGGGAGCUGAUCACAGCCGCACACGAGCUUGGAGUUGCCCAUCCUCCUGGCUACCCUUUGUUCACACUAGUGGCUAAGCUGGCAAUGACACUGUUGCCUUUUGGGACGCUUGCCUACCGCGUCAAUCUCCUCUGUGGCUUAUUUGGAGCAGUGGCUGCAGCGUUACUAUUUUUCACCGUUUUCAGGCUUUCUGGCUCGCGCGCCGGAGGAAUCCUUGCUGCGGGGGUGUUUUCAUUUUCGCGUCUAACAUGGCAGUGGUCCAUUGCAGCAGAGGUUUUUAGCUUAAACAAUCUGUUUGUGGGGCUGCUUAUGGCUCUUACUGUACAUUUUGAGGAGGCGAAAACUGCAAAGGAGAGAUCAAAGAUAGCUAAAAUUGGUGCUUUUUGCUGCGGCCUUAGUUUAUGUAAUCAGCACACAAUAGUAAUUUAUGUUUUAUGCAUAAUACCUUGGAUUCUCUUUCGCCUUUUAAAAGAGAAGGAGCUGUCCCUGGGAUCCAUGGCGGCCCUGGCUCUGGCCUUUUCCGCUGGCUUGUUGCCCUACCUCUACCUCCCCAUCUCUUCCUACUUCAACCAGGCCCGCUGGACCUGGGGCGACCAGACCACUCUGCGCGGGUUUCUGACACACUUUCUCAGGGAAGAAUAUGGAACAUUCAGCCUCGCCAAAUCUGAAAUGGGAUCCAGUAUGUCUGAAAUACUGUUAUCUCAAAUAACAAGUAUGAGGACAGAACUCUCACUCAACAUUCAAGCCCUUGCAGUUUGGGCAAAUAUAAGUUCAGCAAGAAGGGACAGACAGAAUUCAUCAUUAGUUUGGCUUUUUGCUGGAAUGCUUUACAUCUACUCAUUGUUCUUUGCUUGGAGGGCAAAUUUAGAUAUUUCAAAACCACUUUUCAUGGGUGUGGUGGAACGCUUCUGGAUGCAGAGCAACGCGGUGGUGGCCGUCCUCGCUGGCCUCGGCUUGGCCACGCUCACGUCUGAGACUAAGAGAGCGCUGAACAGUGGUGGGCUUCAGUGUCUGGAAUGGCUUUCGGCAACUCUGUUUGUGGUUUACCAAAUGUAUUCUAAUUAUAGCAUUUGUGACCAAAGGACCAACAAUGUGAUCAGCACAUUUGCAAAGAACCUUCUAGACUCCAUGCCCCACGAUGCAAUCAUCUUACUCAGAGGUGACUUGCCAGGAAAUGCCCUCCGUUACAUGCACUACUGCGAGGGCUUACGGCCAGAUAUUUCCCUCGUGGAUCAGGAAAUGCUGACGUACGACUGGUACCUGCCCAAGGUGGCGAAGCAUUUGCCAGGUGUCCGCUUUCCUGGGGACCGGUGGAAUCCUGUGGAAGGAGUGUUACCUACUGGAAUGGUCACAUUUAAUCUUUAUCGGUUUCUUGAAAUAAAUAAACAGAACAUGAGGCAAGACCACCCGAACAGAUGCCGCACAGGUUUGUGUGAGUCACCGUUCCAUCCGUCUUCUUGGGAGUCCGUGGCCAAUGAAGAGAUGUGGCAAGCAAGGAUGAAAACCCCGUUCUUCAUCUUCAACCUGGCAGAAACCGUGAAUGUGCCUUCAGAUGUGAAAGCUCAGCUCUAUGCCCACGCGUAUAACCUUUAUAAGGAGAUUGUCUAUUUAUGGAAGAAACACCCAGUGAACUGGCACAAAAACUACGCCAUCGCCUGUGAGCGGAUGCUGCGCUUUCCCGAGAGAGGCGCUGAUGCCGAAGUCCUGUUGUCUGAGACCAUCAGACAUUUCCGUCUCUACGCUCAAAAGGCGCAGAGCGACCCACAACUCGCUGACAUUUUAGCUGCCCUCAAGGACCUAAGAAAAAAACUGCAAAGUUUGAGAAACAUGAAAAAUGUCAGAGACAGCAAAGUGUGAAAAACCUGCUCAUCAUUCAGCUUCCAAGAUUCUGAAGUCCAGAAGUUUUUCCCUUAAGAAAAGAAACAGCAAACUAAGUUAUUCCCCAGAUAUAAGUAACCUGGUACAGCAGGACCGCCUCAUCAGUGUUGGGUGACCAGGCUGUGGCGCUUAAGCAAAAUUCUGUUUACCCUUCGUCACCAAAUUAGCAUUUCUGUGAGCAGCUUUGGAGAAGAGCCUUCCUCCCUAGCACCACCGCCUUUCAGGGCAGGCCUGUGCCUGCCUCCACUUUAGAAGAGAGGGAGCUGUUCUCAUUGACUUCAACUACUGACCAUGAAUCUUGUCAAGAUGGUGCUUUGGGGAUCAGUUUUAUAGGUUAAAUUCUUAAAAUCUUCAUACCAAA